GGUCGCAAUGACUUUAAAGAGCUUUAUUAUAAUCGUGGUAUUACACUAUUAAGCGUAGACAUGUCAUGUUAAUUAUUAUACUUAUAGUAUGUCAAUGCUAUUAAGUGUAAUUUGUCCAUGGAGAAUACCGAUAAUUUCUCAACUUACAGGAACACUGCAAUCGAAGAGAGGGAAGAAUUCAAUAAUAUUAUCAACGUCGAGUGGAUCAAUUGUGUUUUCCCGCUUUUAUUGACCGUGAUAAGUGAUAACGGUUUAAUGACAAUAUUGAUUUCAUUGAGAUUUAUUAUAAUAAAAUAUUUACAAAUUGCAAUUUAUAACAGUUCAACACGAGAUUUAUUUAAAAAAUGGAAAACGCGAACAAAUUUUUUUACUACUACAUUUUGAACGCCGCUGUUAAUUAUUAUAAUAGUAAUAUGUCAACUGUGUAAUUUUCUAACGUUUUUACCAUUCUCGUCAAUUAUUAUAGUCCUGUUUGUUUUAAAUUUCGUCGUAAAAAUGGCUAUGAACACCUUUGGCCACGACAAUCCAGGACAGAGUCUAUUCCAAGGUUCUGAUCUGGCCUGUAUUCAAGUCAAUAAUGACUUCCAAGACGACGAAGAAGAUCACUUGGAAAAAGAAAGACUUCAAGAAGAGCUGAACAAAGAGUUGGACGAAAUGUUUAACCGAAGUGGGGCCAAUAUGAGCGUUAUUAGUUCCAGUCGUUGCAGCGAUGACUCUGACGAUGACCUGGAAAGUAAUACAAGCCACAAGAAAUCUAUUCACAAACCAAAUAGGAAAAAAACACUACUCGAAUCUAAUCCGGCUUAUGGUCACUUACGACAUAAUGUAAACAAAAACUUUCAACCCGAUUUCCAUAAAGAUGGUUCGUUUCCGUCGCCGAUACCCCAAUACAAUCCUCAAGUCAAAGACAAACCCGUAAACUCCACCGAGGUCGCCCACAACGUUAGCAAGCAGUACGUUUACGAAGGAAUAUCGGGCACAAAAAAUCACGAAACAUUGCACGCUCUUAACGAAAUGCGUCGUAUAGAAAUCGCGAGAUUAGAAAAAGAUCUAUCGGAAUAUAAAAUGCAAGCUGAAAUGGAGAUCGAUAGUCUCAGGAAAAAAUUACUUAUCACUGAGUCUGAAAGUCAACGCGUUAUAUUACAGUACCAACAUCAAUGCGAGAAUUUAAAAGAACGAGCUCAAAAUUUAGAACAGGAGAAUUCUAGUUGGAAACAAAAAGUGGAAGUCGCGGAAAAGUCUAACUCUAAGUUGGUCAAGGAAGUGGAAAAAAUGCGUUUGAACAUAGUCAACCUCGAAGAACAGCUUACAAUAUUGAAUCGUAACAAUGGCGGUAAACAAUUUGAUACCAGCUUUGACGUUGUUAUAAACGAUUUGAAAAAAAAACACGCACAUGAAGUCGAUUAUUUACAAGAACAAUACAAGACUAUUUUGGAACAAAUGAAAGCCAAAGAUCACCACUGUUCAAUAUUGGCCAACGAGUUGAAACAGUUACAGCAAGUACACCACCAGACUAUAUCGGAAAACAAUCGUUUGAUUGGCAACCUGACAAAAGACCUGAGCGAGACGCAAAUGCAAAACGAUAGACUUUGUCGCUCGAACAGUUACGAGGAAGUAGCGCAACUCAACAGUCAACUCAUAGAAUGCGCCAAGCAAAACCAACAACUCAACAGUACACUGAAGAAAUUGACGGUCGAAAAUGAAAAAUUGCGUGCGGAUUUGAGCGCUUCGCUGGUUGUCGACAAACACGCAGGAUCUGGCGAUGCGAGCCGAUUGGAAGAGGAUUACCAGAAUAACUUGCGCGUACUGCAAAAACAAAGGGACGAAGUGAAAAAAUUAACCGAGCUGUUAACGGCCAAGGACAAGAACAUUGCAGAAAUGGAGAAAAAACAAUUUACUUAUCAACAUUGUAUGGAAAAAAUGCAGAAAGAACUGGAGAAACACGCUCGUGAAAAAAAUCUCUCUGGCGGCGUCCACUCAAAUCACGAUUGUGAAAACCUUAGAAGUACAUUGGAAAUGCAACUGGAGGACACCAUGUGUAAAUUGAUCCGCGCUGAAGAAAAUAUGUCGGCCAUGACAAAACAGAUGAAGAGCGGCGAUAAAUUGAUGAGCAACAGCGACGUUGACGAAUAUAUGCACUAUCAUCAGACAUCGUUGGAAAACUUAUCUAAACAAAAAGACGAAGAGAACAAAAAACUACAGAAUAGAAUGGAAGAAUAUGUAAAAGAAAUUGACGAACUAAAACAAAUGUACGUGAAAGUGUGUUCGGAAAAGGAAAAUUGUUUGAACGAGAAAGAAAAAAUAGAAAGGCGUUUGGACGAAUUAAAUUGUCAAUUCACAACAUUAGACAAGCAAUAUGAAUUAGUAGUGAAAGAAAAAGAAGAAAUGGCUAUCGCUUUGAUCGGUGCCAAAAAAGAGCUGAAUCAAAGUCAAGAUUCGUCGCAAAAGAGAAUGUUGGAAAAGGAAAUCGAAGAAUUGAAAAAUGAAUUAAAAAUGCAAAAUUGUCAAAAAGAAAUGAUCGCUCAGUUUAAAAUCGAUUUGGCCCAAUCGAAAGAAAGAGUUUUGGCCACUGAACAGCGAUUGCAAGCCGAAUGCAAUUCCAAAGUGGCUUCGUACAAAGAGCAGUUGGAAUCGUUAAAGAAACAUUACGACGAAAGACUAGAGGAAUUGAAACUAGCCAAAGAGACUAUAUCCAAAUUCACCGAUUCGGACUUACAGAGUUCGGCGAAAGUGGUCGAGGAUGAAAAUAUGAUAAAAUCAAAGUUAUCAGACUACGAACAUUUAAUAGCCAACGUGGAAAGAAAACAUAAACUGUCGACCAACGAAAUGGUUUAUAAGUACAAGAACGAAUUGUACGAAUUGGAAAUGCGUUACGAUCAAAAAUUAAAUGAAGAAAAAAUCAUGUAUGCCAAAAAGAUCGAAGAGCUCAAGAGCAAACACGCGGCCGAGUUGAAUUCGUUGAGUGUCGCGGCCAAACAAAACGCUACCGAAUACGCUAGUCGAGAAUUGAUUCAAAUAGUUGCCGAGCAUAAAAAACAGUUUGAAAGAGCUAAAGAAUUGUUAGCGUCCAAAACUAAAAACAUAAACGAUUUAGAAUUGAAAUUGGAAGAGGCGGAAAAUAUCAUCGCGAUGAAAUCAAAUGAACUUCGACGCUUGAAAGAAAUGCACGGAAAUACCGACGAAGCCAAUAGUUUACGAGCGCAAAUCGAAGAGGAGAGAACAAAGUUUGCCAAUAUAAUGACAAAUUGGGCGCAAGAGAUGCGAGAAAUGAAAGAUCAUUUGGCCGUGACGGUGGCAGAGUCGGAAAAACUGCGUAACAAGUACGCCAAAGUCAAACAAGCCGCUUUGGGUUACAAACACGCCAAUUUGAAACAACAACACGUUUACAACGAACUGUUGGCCAACUGCGUUCGGUUUCUGGACCAACUCAAAGUGAAAACCGAUCAACUUUUAACGCAGAGAGAGACAGAAAUACAGGCAGCAUUAAACGAUUUCGAAAACGAGUGCAAACAAAGACGUACAGUUUUUAGUAGCGAUAGUAAUAAACUCAGUUUUAAUGUUAGUUAAUCUUAAUAAUAAUAAUGAAUAUAUGUAUAUAAGUUUUGUAUUUAGUAUUUUCAAAGAAACAUAACUGUGUGAAUCUUUUCGUAAAUUUGAAAAGAUCCAAAAAAUAAACGAAUAAAUGUUUUAUACUUUUUAUAAUUUGUUUUGAAUUGUCAUUCGAAUACUAUUUAUAGUUAAGCGUAGGCCACCUCAAAAAAUAAAAAUAAAA